CAYCCACCAGCGAAAGAUAGAAGAAGACGAAGCGGAAAGCGAGGARUCCAUGCGAGGAAAGGAGUGAGAGGGAGGCGUCUUUUGGUUUUAUGCAAAAAGCUUCGGGUAGACCGUUUUCUUUAGCAUCCUUGUCCCGCAAACAUGGAUGGAGACGAGGAGUUCAUGAAGUACCGCUCUCCGCUGGUGUCCAGAUAUGCAAGCAAGGAAAUGGCCUUUAACUUCAGCGACAAGAAAAAAUUCACAACCUGGAGGAAGCUGUGGAUCCUACUGGCCAAAGCUGAGAAGGAAUUGGGUCUGCCGAUUACGGACGCUCAGAUCCAGGAGAUGGAGAGCCACGCCGAGGACAUCGACUUCGCCAUGGCCACCGAACAGGAGCGGAAGCUCCGGCACGACGUCAUGGCUCACGUCCACACCUUCGCUCACUGCUGCCCCUCCGCCGCCCCCAUCAUCCACCUGGGAGCCACGUCUUGUUAUGUCGGAGACAACACCGAUCUCAUUAUGCUGCGCGAUGGCUUUGACAUCCUCCUCCCUAAGCUGGCGAGGGUCAUCGACAGGCUGGCAGACUACGCAGACAAAUACAAAGACCUUCCUACACUUGGCUUCACACACUACCAGCCUGCCCAGCUCACCACCGUAGGGAAGCGGGCGUGCCUCUGGCUGCAGGACUUGGCGAUGGACWUGCGGAACCUGCAGCGAGCCCGUGACGACCUGCGUUUCCGGGGGGUCAAGGGGACGACCGGGACCCAGGCUAGCUUCCUGCAGCUCUUUCAGGGGGACCACGAUAAGGUGGAGGAGCUGGACAGGAAGGUGACAGAAAUGGCUGGGUUCAGAAAAGCUUACCUGGUGACCGGACAGACUUACAGCCGUAAAGUGGACGUCGACUGUCUGUCCAGCUUGGCCAGUUUGGGCUCUACUGUCCACAAGAUUUGUACGGACAUCCGUCUGCUGGCCAACCUGAAGGAAAUAGAAGAGCCUUUUGAGAAAGAGCAGAUCGGUUCCAGUGCCAUGCCCUACAAGAGGAACCCGAUGCGCGCAGAGCGCUGCUGCAGCCUGGCUCGGCACCUGGUGGCACUGAUGGCCGACCCGCUACAGACGGCGUCGGUCCAGUGGCUGGAGAGGACGCUGGACGACAGCGCCAACAGGAGGAUCUCCCUCCCAGAGUCCUUCCUGACCGCAGACAUCAUCCUCAGCACUCUGCAGAACAUCACAGAGGGCCUGGUGGUCUACCCGAAGGUCAUCGAGAGGCACAUCCGCCACGAGCUGCCCUUCAUGGCCACAGAGAACAUCAUUAUGGCCAUGGUGCAGGCCGGAGGGAACAGACAGGACUGCCACGAGAAAAUCCGGGUUCUGUCCCAUGAGGCGGCGGCUGUAGUGAAACAGGAAGGAGGCGACAACGACCUGCUGGCCAGAGUCCAGAGAGACCCCUACUUCACCCCCAUCCUGGGCCAGCUGGAUGCCCUGCUGGACCCCAGCACCUUCAUCGGCCGCGCCCCACAGCAAGUAACGAGGUUCCUGUCUGAAGAAAUACGCCCCCUGCUGGAGCCCUUUAAGUCGAAGAUGGAUGUGAAUAUUGAACUGGAGCUUUAAGGAUUACACGCGCGCACUAAUACCCUCUGACCUGUGGACAAAAUUGAGAGAAAGACAGUUGAAUAAAAGUGUUUUUAAUUCUA